AUGGCAUACUAUGCUCCGCCGGGAGGCAUGGCCUACCAGGCGCCAGGAGCCAUGGCCUACCAGGCUCCAGCAGGCAUGGCCUACCCGGCGCCGGGGGCCAUGGCUUACGCAGCGCCGCCAGGAGGCCCGUCGCGCGACCCUCACAUCAGCCCCCAGUUCACAGCACCCACCAAGGUCAUCCACCUGCGCAACCUGCCCUUUGACGUGACCCUGGAAGAGAUCCGAGAGUUCUGCGCCCCCUGGGGCACCAUAGUGGGCGGCAACCGCAACCAGGCGUUUGUGGAGUUUGCGACCCUGGAGCAGGCAAUGGCGAUUGUGUCGCACUACCAGUCCUCCCCCGAGCCCGCCAAGUUCCGGGGCCGCUCCUCCUGGCUCUCCUUCUCGGGGCGCGACCGCCUCACAAACGUGACCCCCUCCACAGACAGCCCCACGCCAGUGCUGCAAGUCAACGUGAUCAACAUCCAGCCCGACCUGGCCCAGGCGGUCACCUUGGACCUCCUGAACAGCGUGUUUGGCGCCCACGGCUUUGUGAAGAAGCUGGUGACCUACGCCAAGCCCGAGGGCGGCGUGGUGGCCUGGGUGCAGUUUCCGGAUGCGCAGACGGCGGCCACGGUGCGCAACACGCUGCAGGGGCAGCCCAUCCCGCGGCAUCUUCUCAACGACCACCCCAACCCGCCAGUGCUUGACAUGGCCUUUGCCGCACAGCCAGACCUGGCGAUCCGGGCGCAGAGCUACUGCACGCGAGACUACACCAAUGCCGCCAUUCCCUGGGGGGAGCCUGACCUGUCGAUGAUCCAGGCCAUGCUGCCUUCCUCGGGAGGCACAGACGGGCCCUCCAAUGUGCUGUCUGUCAGCUUUGACCAAAUGACCUAUCCGGUGACCGUGGAUGGCGUCCACACGAUUUUUUCUACCUACGGCUUUGUGCAGAAGAUCCACAUUUUCGAGCGGGACGGCCGUACCGUGGCGCUGGUGCAGUACGCUGACGUGGCGACCGCUGACUCGGCGCGGGCCGCCCUCGAGGGGCACGCCAUGUACGACGGAGGGCACAACGUGGUGGGUUGA